AUGCAAAGUGAGGUGAAGCCCGCCGUGCAGCAUGAACGUGGUCCAAGAAACUCAACGCUGCGUCAUCAAGUCGCACUGUAUUUCCACGAACGUGCCAGGCAUGGUCACAUGAAUACAAAUCCCAACUCUUCUUUCCGAGAGCGCAACACAGUGUCUGCGAACCCCACUUCUACUCCCGUCUCAUCGAGCUUACUGCACAAAAGAUCACCACUGACAGAUAGCGCGACGGAACAAGCCGAACGAACCUCCUGUCGAUCGUUCGCGUCAUCCGAGAGAUCCCUACCGUUCCCUCUUGGAUAUCACAAGCUAUCUGCAUCACCUCCAUCGGCAACGCAUUUGAUUAGUCGAAUCAUUCAACCGCUGGAGCAAGAUGUAUUCAACGCUGAAGCCAACGGUGUCUCACAUUUGGCCAAUCAAAAUGCAUCCUGCUGUGGAGUCUCGCCAAUUUCUUCAGCCUACACUUGGGCGACCUCGGGGAGUGCAACGCAUGUGCGCGAGUCCAACACGGAAGCUGAGCAUUCAACUCCGACUAAUUGGAUAAAGACAGGCGAUUCAUUUCACAAUAGUGCUCAAACCAACCGAUCUCUACCGUUCUCUUACGGCGGUACUGUGGAGGCGAAAGAAUCUUCGCUCAAUACCAUCAACCGUUCCUCUUCGUUCCCACUUUUGGAUAAUGAAUCCAGUACCAUUCCAAGUGAGACAGAUCAGUCCGAACGAUUUCACUCAAACUUUCUUCCUCCUCCUGCGGGUGCCAGUCAGGCAACCAUCUAUCCUUGGCUUUAUGGAACCAACCUACCGUCCUAUCUUUAUCUGCAAUCAUUUCUAAAUCAAUAUUUGGAACGCAGCCUUUCCCAAAAUCCUCUCCUCCGAAAGAGUCCAGCGUUUGCUCAUCCACUCAUCUCCCCGUUUAUGCCAAACUCGAAUUUGUUCUCCGGCCUUCCAUCAUUGAAUCCCGCUCACGCAGGACGACAUAUGCCUUCAGUCGCUCUGGCAACAAUGGCUAGAGCAAUGGCGGAAAAUCAACUGGCGAAGAAUGAUGAGCCUGGAUCGAAUGGCAUCAGUCCCGACUCUUCCACCGGCUGCUUUACCUUUGGCUUGAACGAUGUAUCCACACUGGUUGAACCGCUGCCACCCAUCCCAUCGUUCGCAUCGGAACAGCUCUUUCGUACAAUCACAUGGAUAGGCACCCUCCAGUCGGAACCCUACAUGUUGGGGCCCAACAUUCCACAACUUACCUGCAACCAGCUGGCAGCGCUGGCCACCAGACAAUGGGAACUGUUGUUUACAAUCAGUCUGCUACAAUCGAUUCAGAGACGGGCGAGUUCCACGGGCUUGCAACCGGUCAAUGGUCAUCAGUUACUGAGUAGAAUUCAGAAGCUGUGGACCCACUUGAUUACUUCAGCAAAUCAGGGAGAGAAACCUUCGCCGGCGGAACAAACCUCACUAUCCCCUCGAGAUCAUUUACUACAACCAUUGCUUUCGCAACUUGUGAUGUUGAAUCCAUCCGACGCAGAAUUCCACUGGUUGAAGAUGCAGGCCUUGUUUGGGGGUUCCACUGGGCCAGAUGCACACCAAGGCAGUUUGGAUGAAGUUCCAAGUUCCAUACUAGAACGUAUCCAAGUACACAUCACAAGUUCAUGCGACCGCCCAAUCGGGGUUGACAAAAACCGUCGAGACCAACUACUGCUCUUCCUCAGUAUGUUGCGUUUGAUACUGCAGGCUAUUCGAUACCAGGACCCUUUAUGGCUCCGAGACUACUUCCACUCUACCCUUACCAUUCCACCGAAUCAGCUUGAACCUCUGAUAUACAGCAUGAGUCUCGCCGCAUGCGAAGCUACUCUACGACCGUCCGCGCUGUGA